CCGUCCGCGCAAAACGCAACGCAACGGCCGCGAUUCCAGUCGUCGUCGCCGAACGGUUAUCGAUCGCCACCACCGCGCUCCGGUUGAGAUAUAUUCAUUACGAUAUCAUAAUAUAAUAUUAUUUAAUACCAAACACGACAUUUUUUAAUACCAAUAGCAUACAAAGGCGCCGCAACCGUAGCGGCACGAUACCGGCACGUGUGACCACCGCCCGUCUUCGCGACGUGUGGUCCUCCGAUGCGUCGCCGUCUUGCCAUCCCGUCGGUCCGCGUACCCGCGGCACAUUGAACCGUCCGGCGGGCGAUGCGCGAACGGCGCACCGCCGCCGCCGAGACUAUCAGCCGCACAUCACAGCGACGCCGACGACGGAGACGGUUAGGACCGCAAGUACGAAGACGACGACGGAGUCGAAGACUGAUCUCGAUCGCAUACACUCAUAGGUCACCGUCCACAUCAUCAUCAUCAUCAUCAUAAUCAUCACAAUCAUCUCAUUGUUGCUGCCUUAGUUAUUAUUAUUAAAUUAUUUUUAUACCUAAUCAUGGAAAACAAUCCGUUGAAUUGGAACGACUUGACCACCGCCAACGACCUGCCCGUCCCCAUAAACCUCCAAAAUUUCUUUUGGGGUUUGACCAGUGCGUUCAUUCGACCCAAAGUUGGUAAACUACAUGAAAAUUCGUGUUUGUUUUGUCAACAUACAGCUGGACAUCACGAAAUGAAAGAAGCAUGCAAGACUUUUGAACGGUUACUAGUACUAGACUCCCAAAUUGACUUGCCAGAAAAACUAAAAGAGGAAAUUAGACUAUUACCCAGAUGGAAUAUCAUUCAAGCUUCAUUCCCACACAUACUACAUUCUACAGCAGCUAUUCUUCAAAACAGAAAAGGAACAAACAUACAAUACAUCGGGCCAAUAGAGUCAAAAUUAUUACUUAUUCUACAUUGGAUAAUUCAAGAUGCACCUGACGAAUGUGCGGAUUCUGAUUACGAAAAAGGAACGUUCCAAACUUUACCCCAUUAUUAUCUUUUUAAUAUUCCUACUAUGACAUUAUUCAUUUAUUUGAUUGCACCGUUAAUAAAUCAAGUCAAAGAAUCAGAUUUGAUAAGUAAUGGGUUAGAAAGCGGAUUGAAAAUGUGGCAAGCGUUUUGGGACAAUCGCACACCUGCAAUUGCAUGUUUUUCGGCGCACUGUAAACCAAAACCUAAAUCCCUAUGGUAUAAUCUUAAACGACUGUCACAAGAGAAAUUAAGAAGUCAAGAAUAUAACAGUCGUACAAUAUCAGCAUCUGUUAGUUCACCUCAUAAUAUUAAUCAUAAUGAGUACUGCCAAAGCAAAUCACUCGAUGAUGAGAUGUGGAUAACAUCUCCGAAAGAAAAAUGUUUUCCAGAAACUAUACCUGAAGAAAGUUCUAGUACGGAAGACGAACAAGUUGUGAUUUUUCACAUACCUCCAUAUGAAGAAUAUAAUAUCAAUAAUGCAGACAAUUUACAGAAUAAUUACCAAGGUAAACCAAGUAUAUUUCAACUGCCAGUUGGAAAAUCAGAUUCAAAUUAUACUUAUGAAGAUUUGGCAGCAAUAACUUUACCAGAGAUGAAGCAAUUACAAAAAAAGAUGAGAUUAGGAAAUUCAAAAAAAAAAAUCACUGGUUCAAGCACUUAUAAAAGCUCAAGUUUCUUAACAGAAGAAUCUGUUUCUAUUGACUUGAAUGCUGCCACGUUUUUAGAUGUUGCAGUAUUAAGAUGUUUAUUUGUGCCUCAAUGGUGCGAAGAAGGUGUUUUCUGGUCUCUUCAAUUCUUAUACCAUAGAUUGCAGAGUAUUAAUGAAAAUAUAAAGAUUAAACAAGAACCUCGAAGACGAAGUAAUUCAUUGCCAAUACCUAAAAUUGAAGUAUCAUUUCAUCACGAACCAGAUUUUCGAGGUAGAAUCGUAAAAUCAAAUUACUCGAACAUAUUCGAUGCAGGUGAUAAUUCACCAGAAAUUAUUAAAGAUAGAAAAAGAACGUUUUUUGAAGAUCGAGAUGUAACGAACCUUCAUUCAAGGCAUGCCAGUGAGCGAAUUAAGAAAAAGAAAAAAAUCGUGGACUUAAAAGCAUUUGCAGUGGGACGUAAGCUCUUGUCAAAAUCAGAAAAAAAUUUACAAAAAAUAGAUUAUAUAAAUGACGUGAUGAUGAUUGAGCCAUGUCAUGAUGGCUAUGCAAAUGAAGAAUUACCCAACCCUUUAAUUAAAAAACUAGAGUUUUUGUUUCAAAACAAUAAAACUGGAUUCCUCAAUAGAGGAAAGAGUCUUCCGAGUCUUAGAGUUAAUGAUAUAAAACAUGUAAAAAGUUUUCUAAAUCCAAUUAUUACAAUAACGGAACACUCUGGUAUAACUUCUCCAGAUAUAAAUUUCUACAAGGCAAAAUUUUUCGAUGAAUUUCAACUCGACAAUGUAUUUCCCCAAGGACAAAAACUAUCUAAAGAAUUCCGUCAGUCGAAUUUAACUAGAUCUCAAACUGAUUCAAAUAUAACAUAUAUUAGCGAAGAAGUAGCAGAAGUUCCAGGCUCAUUAAAUUACAUUACAAAAGACGGAGAUGUUGAUUUUGAAGUUGUAUUAAGAGCCAUCCAUUUUUCAGUAUAUCAAGUGAACACAUGUAAGACAUUCAGAGUAUGCGAAGUUGUUAUUAAUUUACUAGAAGUACUGCUGGACUUGGGAAUAUUGAAUCAAUCGUGGCAUGGAGAUGUUUCUAAAGUUCACAAUACUAGUUUACAUAAUAUAAGUCCAGAGUACUUGGUGCAUUUAUCGUACAGUAAACCAAUGUCAGCACAUGCACUUGCCAUGAGCUCCAUUAUAAAGAUAAUACAAAAUUUAGGAUGUCCCCAUAGUUGUGGUGAAGGACACAGAGGACCUCCAGCAAAUUUUGUACGGACCCAAUGUCAAUGUUUACUAAAUCGUCUAAAGCAAUAUGACAAACGACAAUUUUCAAACUAUUUGAAACAUUUUAUUAAAAAUAAUUCUCUUACUUUUAUAAUUAAUUUUAUUCAUUCAUACAUUGGAUUCUGUACUGAACCAAUGCAAAUUUUCUCACCCAUGUACAACAAAAGGAAAUCUCUUGAUACAAUAUCCCAGAUGAGUGUAUCUCCAUCAGGAUAUGGACCAUCGAUAUGUAGUAAAGGGAAUGAAUUUCACGUUAUAAGUGUUAUAUUUAGAAGUCUGAUUACUAGAGUUGUUGGGUCGUAUAAAGAACUAAAACAUCCUGAAAAUGCUGAUAUUUAUAAUACCCUAAGAUUUUUAAUCGGUUACGUCAAAGACACUCAUUCGUCUGUAUUUAGACGCGUGAUGUUGAGUGGAUUACUAGAUACAGCUAACAGGAAUAAUGAAAAACAUUGCAACAUUCAAACUACACGUGUAAUCAGGCAUAUUCCUAUUCAUGAUCACGACGAGCAUUCAAAAUCCAUAACAGAACCUUUUGUACUGGACCGAACAAAUAGAAAGCUUUUAUUUAAAAAAAGAAAUACAAUAGCUAGUUACUCAAAUGCUUUUGAAAAUCAAAUUAGCGAUGAUAUUAGGAAUCAAAUGUCAUCAGUUAGUUUGAAGAGAAGAAAAAAUCCAAUGUUAGUUUCAAAACCCAGUGAAGGAAGUAUGCAAUGCUCUAAAAAAUCAUAUACAAAUCGUUUACAAAUCAAAGAAAUAGUUAAUUGGAUUAGUUCAAAGUCAAAUGUGCAUGAAUGCCGUGGAAGAGCCCAAGGUUUGAGUUCUUCUUAUGACUCAUCUUCGGAUGUAGGGUCACUUGUACGACAAGCAGCAAAUUUACAUCAAUCAUAUUGCAGAGGUUCUAAAAAGAGUAGAACUGGAAUGUCUCAAACGUUCAAGAAAACUAAAAAACGAAUGGGCCACCAUCUAAAUAAGUAUGUUUUUCGAAAAGGAAGAAAAAAGGAUAAAAGUACUGAAGAUUCUCAAGGAAGCUACUUAAGUCGUCGAGAUUCUUUAGACGAUGGAGAUCACCCUCAUCAAUCAGAAUUUGUUGUUUUGAAGGAAAGAAAAUUAGUGCAAAUUAAACAGUUAAGAGCAGGAAUUCAGCGAUUUUCAAUAAUGAUGGAAAUGUGUGGACCAGGAUCUGUACCAGAUGCAAAUUUCAUAUCUGCAGCAUUUGAUUUGCCAAACACACCAGUUUUGGCAAGAGCAGUUUUUCUUUUGGAAUGUUGUCAUUUUGUCCAUGGCUGUAAUAAAGGUCAGUGGUCUACUUGGAUACGAAUGGUGAGACCUUCUGGCUUAAAUUUUAAACAAUCAGUGAUUUCUGGAGCCAAGAAGUCCGUUGUCGUUCAACAUAACGCUGGAAAACUUUUUCGUCAAUGGGGAGAAAUUAUUGCCGCACGUUUAGAUGAAAUGAUUUCUGACGAUAAAAAACAAUUGCCCCACGUCUUAUCGUGUAUUGCUGACGAAGCUAAUCAACGAGAGUUACAAACUAUAGAUGAAGAAGAAGACUUUUUAGAUGAAACAUCUGGAAUUUCUCGGAUGUUCAGUUGUCCGAUGGUCUUACGGUUGAUUGCAUGCAUGCUAUUUUUGGAAAUAACGUCCUAUCUACGAGAGACUUAUAGAAGUUUACCAAAAACUCGGCCAUCGAACCCCUAUACAACGUUACCGGUCACAUCAAAUGCUUGGGAAAGGGAAAGGCAAUCGCAUAGUAGAGAAGGGCGACGAUGGUCAAUGGCUUUAUCGUCGAUGGGCCAUUCACAAGCUUCUGCUCAAAGUUUGCAAUCGAUUUCUGGUGAAAAGGAUCAAGGUUCUACGUGUAUCCAAAGAUCGAUUAUUGAGUUCUAUGAUCCAAGUUACAUGUUUGAAAUUAGCUUUCGUAGUUAUACAUUUGUUAAGAAAAAAAACUUGAGUGUGAACAAAUAUUGUAUCUUUGGCAAAAUCGAAUGCUUGUUUAACGAAUGGAUGUCAUUACUGUUGUACGCAGAGAUGGAGAAAAGUGGAAAUGAGCUUUUACAGAGUCAUUUAAAACCAGAAGAGGAAGUUAGUCGAAAAAGUAGCGUCGUUGUUGCUACAAAUGUGUUGACCAAACUUCGCAGACACGCUAAACUAAUAAAAGAAAAGCGCGCUCCUGUCGACAAAGGGAAAACGUGUCUGAAGCGAAACGAUUGUGAAUCGGGACAGUCAAAUGAAAAUUCUAAUUCAAAUGUUCAUUUUAAUCAGUGGGACGAAACAAGUUCAGCAAACACGGAUGAUAAAAGAAAUAAAGGUUCGAGUCAAUCCACUGUUCAUCCUUUGUCGCAGAGGAAAAGCAUGGCGGGGUCGAUUAAGCGAUAUAGCUUGAAAUUACGAAGAAAUACAAAAGAAGGAAUAAAAGAAAUAAUGUCUUCCGAUGGAGAUUAUCGAAGCGAUACGUCAGAUGGUUGUGCUCCAGUAAUACCUGGUGAAAUCAGCGGUGAAGAUGAAUCAGGAGCCAUGAUGAGUGAUGAUCAUGCACCAACCAGCCCAUGCGAGAGUAAUGAGACUGACGAUACGACAUAUUUUAUGCCAUGGUUAAAAACUGUAAUUCAAAUAAAUAAGUCGUUUGACCAUAGUUGUACGCACCAGUCAUUUUGCCAUCCAUUAUGUUAUAAAAGACAGAUGCGAUCUUGUUCAAGACUUAUUAAAGCUAUCAGAAAGUUAUAUGGUGAAGAAUUUGGUUUAAUGGCUUCAAUAGAAGGCAGCAGUAAUUUAGAAGAAUUUAGCAUGAUAACAAAAGUCGAUGCUAAAAAAAACUUACAGUUAUCGAGUUGUCAAUCUUCUCCAAACAAACGAAAAGACAGUCUCGGAAAAAUAGAAAAUCUGAUUCUAAGGUUUCACGAAAAAAAAGAUAAUAAAAACACCAACGAAGAUAAGAAUGAUCCUCCAAUAAUUUUAAAAUAUAUAAAAAAUCAAGUACACGACAUUUUCCAUUGUUCAAUGGCCUUAUUGAUAAAAGCGGCUGUUGUAUUAACAGAGGAACAAGUUCUGGAUAUCUUACCAAUUGCGUGGGAAUUUUUACUGGAUCCUAAUCAAGAAUUAGUGGCGUCCUCUUCGACUUUAUUCAUUAUAGCAGCGUUUAAGGCUCCUCAAAAAUGCAUUGAGCUAAUUAGUAGCAGUUUAACUAAUAAAGAUUCUAUAAUUAGAGCAAACGCAAUUUUAAAAUUUCAUGUUUUAUGGAAAAACCGAUUUCAACCAUGGCCUCGAAUGGAAGAAGGAGCGCACAAUUCGUUUAGAAUACCUCCACCUGGAAUUGAAUUUACUUUGACUUCACCAAAAAUCGGAAUAGAAUGCUUACCUAUUGUUGACCCACCUUGGAUGCCCCAAGUGGAAACUAAAGUAGAAGAAGUGACGAUUGGUCAGGAUACACAUAGAUCAUUAGUAACAGCUACUAAAACGCGCAAAAAGCAGCAAACAGAACUUAUAAAAUUGGCUUUAGAAGCUAAGGAAGAUCAAAGAAGAAACGAACGAGAAAGUUUCCUCAUCACAGCCAUUCCUAUUAAUAGUCAAGCAGCACACGAGUCAAGCAUGCAUCAUGGUUUAUCUGACCCAGAAUACGAAGAAGGUGUUGAAGUCGAUGAACAUGAAAAUCAAUUACGUGUUGUGGCGCAUCAUUUAGUUCAAUCAGUAACUGUGUUAUUCCCAUCUGCUCUUUGUUCUGCAGUCAUUGAUAUCAUAACGUUAUUAAAUGAUCCUGCUGUUACAGCAGAUGGUAAUUCAGUGUGUGAAACAGCUUAUCAGGUUAUUUGGGACUGUCUGGUGGAAGACUGUAAUUUAUUUUUACGUUUUGUGUUGGAAAGACUAACCAGGGACAAUCAAGAAAAAAUGUUCAAGUUAUUACGUCAUUUAAUACGAUUUGUACCAAAAUUACCCCACCAAGCUGCAUUUAUUUUGUAUAACUACAUAAUUGGGUAUGUUAUGUUUUAUGUGAGAUCGCCACAUGAAGAAGGCCAAACUAUGAUAGGUUCGGCUUUAUCCAUUUUAUGGAUGGUUGUUCAUAGUGUGCAUGGCAUAAUGUUUAAAGAUUUAAAACAAAUAUUACGAAAAGAACAAUGUGAUGGAUCAAUUUUGCUUACAGCUAAUGUUCCUUCUACAAAGAAAGUUGUAGUGCAUGGUCCUCAAGAACAAAUGUCUGGAGGUAUUCCAUCACAAUUCCCUGUUCAAGAAGAUACACAAUUUUUCCAAAUUUUAAAAGAGUCUUUAGAUUUUUUUGGUAUACCCGAAGAUCGACACAGAGAAUUUUUCCUAGUUAACAUUAAAACUCGCCAGAUUCACAACCCUACUUCUUAUGUAAGAGAUUAUUAUUUUUUCAAAAGAUCACAAUAUCCACAACUAGAAUUAAUCCAAAUGGAUCUUGUUGAAGCUUUUAAUCAGUUACAAAGUCAGGAACUUAUACACAAAUUUAUUGAAAUAGGAAAAGUACUUCUUACUUGGGCUAUUUUAAAAAAUGUUGAUAUGGUCGUACAAAGAGUGGUAUUUUUACAUGAGGAAUUAAUUAAACUUCCUUCAUUUCCUAGAAAAGCAUUAGACGCAGAUCUUGAUUUAUACAAAGGUGGUAACAUGGGGAAGGAGUUAUUAGGAUUGGAUUUAUUACAUAAAUUUAUCUGGGUUCGAUUACUUGCUCGGAUGUUUGAAGCAAUGGCUGGAAACUUUGCUUAUUCAGGUGACAUUCAUUUGUUUUUGAACGUAUUAAAUGGAGCGGUGACAUUACACAGCGAAGAUUCUUGCGUAUUACGUUAUGUAAUGGCUACUUAUAUAAAUGCUGCUCGCAAUUUCAAAAAUAUAUUUUCUAGCAACGGGUAUCUUUUGAUUAUCCCCACACUACUCCAACUAUACGCAAGUCACCAUACGAAUAAAAUUGUCACUAGGUCAAUUGAAUACACCAUUAAGCAAUUUUACUUGAUGAAUCGUAAGCCUUUCAUAUUACAAAUGUUUGGCAGUGCGUCUAGUAUAUUAGACUUAGACGAUGCAACAAAUGUAGAGGAUUCAAGUCGUGUUGAGGCUAAUUACUUUUUCAAAUUGAUAUUGAGCUUGGAAACUGCAUCUCCUGAUCCGAUUCAUAUAAGUGAAUUGAUAAAAGAAGAAAAGCCGUUACAAGCGGUUGACUUUUGUUAUCAAGACGAAGAUGAUACUAUCACAAUACAAGAUUGCAUAUCUUUAUGCGUAAUGGUUAUAGCAUUUUCACCUGAAACUUUACGCUCAUAUCAAAUGCUUCUAAUUUUGGAAGCUAUUUUACCGUGUUAUCUUAAACACAUUCAACAACCGAUGUACCGAGAUAUCGAAAGAGAUGUAAUCAAUCAAUUAAUCAUUUCUAUAAAAACAUUAAUUAAUAACAGUGAAGCAUUAUCGAAACAUUAUAACGGGCCACAAAAAACUAGUCAGGAACCAAAAGAUUCUAGUCAGAGAAAUUGUAGUAAAGGACUAUGUUCUCCAACUGGUGGUGAAACUAAAGAUCUGGAAUCGAAUUCAAAAAUGUUUAGUGAGAGGAAAAUGCAUAAACCUCCCUUCGAUAGAGAGUAUUUGGAAUUUGAGAUACAAGUUGAAGAAAAAUAUGCCGCUUUACGAAAUGAAUUUCGUCGAACUAGAGAUGUCUUGUUAUCAGUUGUAACAGAUUUUGUGGUUAUAUGCCAUGCUAGACUAACCGAAUUAAGUCGCAAGUACCCUCAAGAAGGGAAACCUUUUGAAAUUCUAGAUACACGGAUGCAAAUCAGAUUAGGUGAAGUUGCUCAUAGCUUAUUAAAGGUAUCGCCUUAUGACCCAGAAACUAUGUCGUGUAAAGGACUACUGAAAUACAUGACAAAUAUUUUACCAAUAGUCGAUUGGGCAGCAGAAGCUUUACGCCCAACUCUCUUAGGAAUUCUUAGGAGACUUGACAAAACAUUCAAUAAAAUUUACAAAAAGCCAUCUAUCAGAAGAUACACUGAUUGGUAUGCUGCAGGGGAAUUAAUAAAAGGUGUUUAUGAAAUACUAUCGGAACAUCCAUUUAUCGUACACAUUCCACAUUUCAAAGCUCUAAUUUCUACUUGUCAAGGUAUUAUAGUUGGUGAUUCAGGGAGUACGGCUACCGCGGCAGUUGAUAAUUUCCAACAAUCUAUAAUACCAGUGGAAACACCUCCUCCACAUUUUUGUGCCAUUGUCAUACGUCUAUUGGCUUUACAUAUUUUGGCGAUAGGGGAUAAUUAUACGCUGGAACAGUCAGUCGGAGGAAUGAUCAAUAUAAUGUCAUCUCAAGUUAAAACCGAAAGCUUUCUAAUGAAUUUAUUUUUACCACUUUGUUUCAGAGUUGGUAUAGGAAAGAAAGAUAUGCAUUGUAUGAGACCAUGUGAUAUCAAAUUUAUGUUGUCAGUCGUCUUAAAUUCAAUGAGUCCACCUGUAAAAACAACAUGUCUGACAUUCGUGCAACUUACAAAUGUAAAACAAACAUCUGAUUUGCGGACAAACUCGUAUACAUUUAACAGGGAUUCAAAACCAGCUCCAACGGUUUCCAAAUCAUUUUUCAAAGUUUUAUUUUUAGCCUUGAAAAUAAUGCUCGUGUGCUUCGAAUACGAGUUAGCUUUGCAAUAUCAACGUAUCGCGCAUACUGUGAAGGAACUCAUGAACGUGCAAGACGCUAGGGCGUCCAUUUGGUCUUUUAUUGAGUUUAUCAUUGUUAACAGAUCACCACUCUUCAUUCUUCUUCAGCCUUUCAUUAUGCAAAGAUUGGGAUUAAUGAACGUGUCAGAACACGAAACAACAUCGCACAAUUUGCUUAAAGAAAAGCUUACAGAGUAUACUGCCAUCACUCCGUUAUGUAGAAGUUCUCUUCUUGUUGAACUAAUGAAUGAAAUGACUGAACUCAAACAAGAAUUAGAUGAUCGAUUGGAUGAACAACGAACAAGAUCUAGUAAUGGUUUCCGAAAUUCGUGCGAAACUCAACAUCGUCCAUCUAUUAUAAAUUUGUUACCAGGGAACUCAAACCCAUCUUACAGUGUAUGUACCAUAAACACACACAGAGAAUCGAUAUCAAGUGUACGCAGUAACUUGAGUAGCCAAGAAAGUUCCAUCAAGAAUUUAGGAAAUCUGCAAAGAGAUCCGAAAAGUACAGAUGGAGACCAAACCGAUGCAUCUACCAAAUUUAACGAACCACGAUUACAACGUUCAAGAGCGCAGAGUCGAAAAAUUUUUAGAUUUCGUCAAAGCCGUCGUAUGGAGGUGAUCCCGCAGGGCGUCAAGUCACAACAGCAGCAGACUUGCGACGACAUGGACAAGGUGCAGAUGAUGCCCAGCAACUGCAUAUGCGAGUGUCUGAGCACGAGAACGAUGCCACUGGACGAUGGUCGAGUUUCGGUCUCCAAACCUGAGAUGAUAUGGGAGGAGGAUAGCCACAGCGCGCCGUCACGGACGUCGAGCACGUCAGGGUAUCGCGAGAACUGCAGCCUGUUGAUGAUGCCGAUGGGCAGCUCCGACGAGCGGUCGUCAUCGCCGGUCCACUUGCACCACCAUCACAACUGUCUUACCGCAAGCUGCUCUACUAUAAUGCCAGCUGACAGCCCCGGCUCAGUGGCGACCGCCACCGGCGGCAGUGACCGAGAAAUGAGUGGGAACGAAGACGUCGGCAGUCAGCAGACGAUCGUCACCUACGAACAGGAGGACACGCUGCUCUGAGCCGCCACUGACGACCACCUCUUUGGUUUUGGUACAACUACGAUAACAACUGAAACGAUGGUUUUAUUAUUAUUUCGAAGGUACCUGUAUGUAAAUAUAACAUAAUCCGAUAAUCGUAGACUUAUACUUAUUAGCAUAGAUAAUAAAGGACUUGUCCAAACAUAAUAUGAGUAAGGCUUGCAAUUGAUGUACCUAGUAGCCAUCUGAGGAAAUUCGUUACCGUAUGUAACCAUGCCAUAAAACUCACCUCAUCUUUUCAUAAUAUAUUCUGCAGUUACAAAAUCCUUACGUAACUUCUCCUUUAAUAUCUAUGCAUAUUAUAUUGAGUAUAAGUCAAUAAUUAUAAUAUUAUACCAAUCCAGUUGCAACUAAAUUACAGUGUAUCGAAAAUUAUUAAAAACGUAUACAGUAUAGAAAUUGCAACAAGUUGUAAUAAGACUCAAAUCUAACUUUGUAUUUCUUUAUAAUUUUACAUAUUAUAUUAUAACCGACCCACCAACCACCGCCUGCAAAAUUAGAAAAAGUGAAAUGUAUCACAGAAUACUCAAAGCCCAAAGGUAUUACACUAUAUUAUUAUAUGUCAUAUCAUAGUCACGGUGGUUCAGUGGCGUGCCGAACAGUCAUUUUUUGAGGCAAUUGCCUCAAGGGAAAUUUGGG